AUACGCUUCUCUUUUCGCUAUAAACUCCCUGGAACCUGGUCAGGCAUCAUGGUUCCUAUCAGUGACUACCAUCCCGUGGGUGCCAAUGCAUUUCUUGAGUUGUGUUUUUAGGUACAGUAUUCCCUACUUCGUGAUUUAUCACUCACAUAGUCUGGUAUCCUGUGUUUCUUGCGACUUAGCUAUCACAAGCUGUU